CGCUCGAUCGUGUUUUGUGAUUGAUUUGUGAAAGAUUUAUUUAUUGUGUGGUUGUGUAAAUACUAAAAUAAACAUUUAAGUAUGUUUCCUUUUAAUAAACCUACAAAAAAGUUUGAAUUUAUAUUUCUAGUAGGAAGAUUAUUUACAAUUUUGGGUGUGUAACUACAAUGUCAGUGUACUAUUGAUUUGUUUUACUCUGCGAUCGAAACAUUAAAAACGCUCAACCCACAAGUAAUACAGAAAGAUUUUGAUAUAAAAUAAAUAUAUGCGAUAAUGUAACAAAAAUGAAGACUAAAAGCUUUCUAUUAUUUUCGACGACAGUUUUUGCUGUUAGUAUUUUCCUCAUAAUAUUCCACUCUCAGCCGCCGCAGUCCUUCCAAACUAUUGUUACACAAACGCAUCAACAUAUCAAGGACUUUCAGGUGGCCCUGUCCGGUGAGCAGCAGCGGGAGGAGGAACCAGGUCCGGAGGCAGAGGCACGCUGGCUGGCGGCUGUAGGAUUUUCGGGAGUGGAGGCCUGGCAUAAUACCACGGUACCUGUCAUUGUGACAGUGGCAAGGGGGGACCAGCAUGCUCGCGUCGUGGCCUUUGUCCGCGCCGCCGCCCACCUGCCGUAUACUGUGCUUGUGUACAAUAUUGGCCUGAAGCCCUACUCCUUAGCUGUGGUGUCCAACUACUGCAACUCGUCUAAGUGUGCGGUGAUUGACUUUGAUCUGAGCGUUUUCCCCUCGCACGUCAGUGAUGAGAGCAUCACUGCCUAUCGCCCUCUUGUCAUACAGCACGCGCUGAGCCGGGUGGGCGGCGUGGUGUACAGCGAGGCGGGGUGGCGGUGGACGGGCACGGGCGCGGGGCUGGCGCGGGCGUGGUCGGGGGCGGGGCCGCUCGGCGUGCGCGCCUGGCCGCGCCGCGCCGCCGUCACGUCGCUGACGCACCCGCGCAUGUUCCGCCACCUGCACGCCACGCUCGAGGACUUCCUGUUCGUGCAGCAGCUCGACGCCGAGCGCCUGCUGCUACGCGCGCGCCCCGCCACCGUCGACGUCAUGCGCGCCUGGGUCCGGUGCGCGCUCGCGCUCGACUGCAUCAUGCCCAUCGGUGCGCAGUCCGGUGGGUGCAAGUUCGACAAGAAGCCGCAGUACCGGUACUCGGGGUGCCACGGGCAGGACGCGUCGGCGCUGAGCAUCAUCCUGGGGCUGCGAUCGGGGUUCGAGGAGGGCGCAUACACGGUGCGGGGCGCGCCGCCGUGGCGCCGCGUGGCGGACGGGGCCGCGCGCGCGCUGCUGGCCGGCCUCGAGCGCAACACCACCACGCCGCACGCGCCCGACGCCCGCACCGACCCCGACCCGCUCUGAGCGCACCGCUCCCCUCGCCUCUACCCUCUCCCCCGCCAGCCCCCUGAUCCGCUAUAUUCUAAAGGUCUCAUAAUUUUGUAAGUCUCUUUACGGCUAUAUUUUGUGAAGCGUUGUAUCUUUUCAAACGUUGUCUACUGUCUUUACACGAUAUCUUCGGUUGUUCGCUUGCGAGCGACGUCUCCCCGAGCUCCCGGCUUCCCCAGUGCCCAGUGCCCCGGCGGCGGCGCGCGCCCUGUACAUAUAGCGUAGCCGGCGCGCGCCGCCCGCCGGCCCGCUUUAGUUAGUUCGUAUUUAUUUAUUUGUACGAUAUUUUUGUAUCAGUAUAAUGACUGUGAGUCGUUGUCGGCUGUGUUAUACGCAUAAUAUGAGCAGUAGUUAAUUAUCGUCCCUCGUGAUGUGACCGAGAGUGACGUUUCCGUAGGUUUGUAUGUAAAUUUUCGUUUCGUUGGCGUAGAACGUUAUUUUGUGUGUCGGACACGUUUGUAUAUACCGGGCGACUCGCGAGACAGACGCUGCCCGCGGCCGGUCGCGGAGGGCGACGCGUGCUUACUCUGAACCAAAUAUUAUUUAGGAACAUUUUUGCACAAAUUUCUAGGUAAAGUUAGGCGUAGGAGUUAAGAUCGAAUUCGAAUUUUUAAUACUAUAAAUUACUUCAUAUUGUAUACUCGCAAAUUCGGGCAUAAUAUUAUUUAGAAAUUAUUUUACAUUGUGUAGCGUAAUUUUCCCACGAUUAUUUUAAAAGCAUAGCUAUAGUGGUGUAUUAAAAUAUUAGUUUCGGUUCUUAUUUAUUCGUGACGGUGUUCGUCGUAACGUCGCAGUAACGAGACGACUUAGCGUAAUGAAUGAUCUCACAAUAAUUAUUAGCUCUAACUUAGAUGUAACGAUCAAAAGAUUUUAUUUUAAUUGUCUACUUAGCUGAACAAAUCAAUUUCGCCGACUGAAAAAUACGUAAUAUUUCUGUUACAUUAUUCUGUAAUAACAUAAUUUUUGACAUUCAAUUGCAGACAUAUGAAUAAUACAUAUUGUCUUCUAAUGCGUUGAUCGCGUUUGUUAUUACUGAUCACUGAUUAAGUUUUGUCCAAAAUAAACAU